AUAUUUUAUAUCUACAAUGGCCGAGACAGCUACAACAACCGAUUUCAUGGACGAUUUGUCCCUUCCUCGCUACAUCCCGCUCCCGUCAGACUCCCUCACGAUAUUGUCAGAAAUCAUGCCCAAAAAGUCGGACCUCUGUGCCCAAGUAUCUGCUGACCUUAUACGAAUAGAAAAAGACGUUCAGGAGUUUAUCGACUUUGUCUUGAAUGAAGACCAACUCCCCGAUCUAGAACCCAUCCAGAAAUCACUCGACAUUUACUCCGACACCAUUUAUAGCCUUAUGAGGUCCGCCUACGAUGCUGAGAUGUGGAUAAAUGCUGUGACCGAAAUCAAAAACAGGUAUCAGGCACAAAUGCACACGGAAGAUGAAUUCAACCUACAGUCCCUCCAGCUGUUCCGAGAAAAUGAGUCGGCUCUCUUUGUGGAUGCCAUACGAGAGGAAUACGAACACUCCAAGCAAGUGGAAUCACAGGCUCAUUCGUUUGAGUCCCAUCUUAAGCAUGAAGGCCCAUACCAGUACAUCUCCAAUAUCAAACUGAUAAUAGAAAAUCCAGAAGCACCAUUGCCGGAUAUGAAUGAAGAAGAAGAUGGCGUAGCUAUUUCAGGAGGGAAAGUUUCGUUUAAUGAUCCCAUCUCGUUGAUGAUGUAUAAAAAUCCCCACAAAUCUAGACGAUGCAACCAUGUGUUUGAACUCGAACACAUCAAGACUCACUUGCAGUCCCAUGUGACGUGUCCCGUUGCUGGGUGUGAAAGUCAAAUCCGUACCUCUGACUUGGUUCCUGAUAAGUUGAUGGCUUUGAGAGUUAAGGUAUAUACGGUGAGAGGCAAGGUCUACAGGGAUGCCGAACAGAUCGUUGGUGUAUGAGGGUGGUGGUAUGGAGACUGACCACGGUAUUUAUAUAUCUAGUUGGUUACUUAUUUAUGCUGUCUUAAUUACUUAUUUAUGCUGUCUUAAUUCUAUACAAGU